CAUGUUUAUCUGAAAUUGGGGAAUUCAAGUUUGGUACCGCUCAACAUUACUUUAAAUUAGCUAAAUGCAUAACGUUAGCUAGCUAAUGCUAACUUGCGCAAGCGUCAGAUAGCUAACUAGCUAGCAACUGAAUGGGAGUUCCCUUUGGCCAACGUUACAGUUGCCAAUGUAGCACGCUAGGUUUUCCCCAUUACAUUACUGUUUCGCCCUUUUCCUCUGAUCUAACUAGCACCACAUUUUCAAAAUCGAAUAGGCCUAACUUAGGGUGUGUUCGUAAAUUGACUUUUGAGUGCCAGAGUGAGCUCUGGGCGUUUGUAAAUUCAGAGCGUUGUUAGAUUGUCUGUUCCUAAAUGAGCGUUCAGAGCGCACACUGGACGCUCUGGCUGAGGAAUAGGGUCCGAGUGUUCUAACCUCACAACCGCAGUCAAGCACCCAAACUAACUGAGAGAACACCUCACUCUGACCAUUUUACUCACCCUAGCAGUUGGUGGCUGUUGCUGUGCUGCUGGGAACACGUUAAUUACGUUUUUUUUGCCGACGUUUACUGAGCCGAAAUGACUACUGCUCCAUACAACUACUCCUACAUCUUCAAAUACAUUAUUAUUGGGGAUAUGGGUGUAGGGAAAUCAUGCCUGCUUCACCAGUUCACAGAAAAGAAAUUCAUGGCAGACUGCCCCCACACUAUUGGAGUCGAGUUUGGCACAAGGAUAAUCGAGGUGAGCGGCCAGAAGAUAAAACUGCAGAUCUGGGACACUGCGGGACAGGAGCGCUUCAGGGCCGUCACACGCAGCUACUACAGGGGAGCAGCAGGGGCACUCAUGGUCUAUGACAUCACCAGGAGAAGCACAUACAACCACCUUAGCAGCUGGCUGACUGAUGCUAGAAACCUCACCAACCCUAAUACUGUGAUAAUUCUUAUUGGUAACAAGGCAGACUUGGAGGCCCAGCGAGAUGUAACCUAUGAGGAGGCUAAGCAGUUUGCUGAGGAGAACGGUCUAUUGUUCCUAGAGGCUAGUGCAAAGACGGGUGAGAAUGUGGAGGACGCGUUUCUGGAGGCAGCCAAGAAGAUCUACCAGAACAUUCAGGACGGAAGCCUGGACCUGAACGCCGCCGAGUCUGGUGUCCAGCACAAGCCCUCCGCCCCGCAGGGUGGCCGGCUGACCAGUGAACUGCAGCCCCAGAAGGAAGGCUGCAGCUGCUAAUGACCACACCCGCUGACCCUCCAGCUGACCUUUGCCCCCUGUGCCACAGCCUCCCUCCACCACCCAGGAGCUCACAUGCCUCCACCAAGGCACUGACAGUCUGGGCCCCAGUAGGCUCUGAGCCAGGGAUGGGCUUUAUACCACUCCCAGCCAUCUACAUCCAUCUCCCUCUCUUUCUCUGUCUCCCCGUAUCUAUCUCACACAGCUAUACUGUAUGUCCCCAUAGCCUACAUAACCCAGUGCACCCAGCACCUAUGAUGAGAUGAGCAAGCCUCAUGGGUCACACAUUGUGAUUAGAACACAGCAACAGGCCUUUGUGGCUGGCUGGCUGCUCUACUGAAGAAAAAGCCUUUUUCUAUCCACAGAAGAAACCAUGAUGUGCAUAACUAUAAAUGGAAUGAUUCAUCACUCUUGUGGUGUUUUGAAUGUAGUACUGUUUUAAUUCAAAUUAAAUUAUUAAGAGUGGCUGCAAAAUACUUAGCAAACAGGCACAGAUACCAAAGAUAAUGGAUGCAUGAUUCACUCAACGUGUAUAACCAUUCACCAAAUUGUUAAUUCUUUUUAAACGUUUCCGGAGAUUUUAUCGGUCUUGGAAUACGUUGGAUUGACUUUGUUCGAUAUAAUUAUUAUAAAAUAUUUGUUAUUUUUUUACCCAUUUAUUUUAAUGAACAUUAGUGGGAAAUGAUGGGUAUAGUAUAAUGUAGAAUAUGAGCGUGUGAAAGACCAAAUUGUCAAAUUUCUUGGGUGCCUCAAUGAGAGAGAUCUGACCUGUAGCAUGUACUAUUGGAAAGUUAGACAGAACACUGGGCGUGGAGUCCAAGAGAAAUCUUUGCACUUUUUGUGAUGUGGUCUGGAGGCCGUUUCGGUGGAGAUGGAGCUCCAGCAGGUUUUUUUUUUACUAGAAACCUUACGGAAGCAAACAGGGAGGGACUAACCUGAAAUUGCCC